AACCUAACACCCCUGUACAAAUUGCGCACAAGUCGAUUCUUCGACCGGACAGCAGUUGCUCCUAACGCAGCCUCACGAGGUGUUGGCUUUUCCGGGGACGUUUUCGCUUCCGCUCUAGAUCCGUCGUCUUCCAUCAGCCCGGAGCAAGUGUUCGCAAAUGCUAGUCAAGAACCCUUCGCUAUUCGGCACAUUUACUUUGAUGUGGAAUCAAGAACUCUUCUACUGGCCGGUCAGCGACAUCUUUGUCUUCUCGCUUUCUGUCGCAGCGAAUCUGCUUUCGAGAUUCCUAAUUUCAAAUUCCUUCCUCCACCAACAUGGACUACUAAUGCGUCUCUGUAA